GCAAAUCUACACAAAUUCAAUUUUGAUCAAGGGAUCGUAUAUGAUAUUUGACGGCUCAUCUUUAUCCUAGUGCGGCUUCUCCGAGACACUCCUGUGCCCCGGCUCUUCCUCCGAACCGUCGCAUUCCAUCACGUCCCGCUCUACAAUACAAUCAUGUUGUCCGAAGCCUUCAUCACGGCCAUUCGAGCCCAACCGAAGACUGCGAACACGGCAAUUGCGAAAGACAUUGGCAUCUACCUCCACGAACUACAUCCUACACCCACAAUCAGAUCGUCUUUCAAGAAGAGUUCUGCGCCAGUGAAUGCAUUAGCAGUCAGCUCAACCCAUAUCUUUGCGGCCCAGGCGGACAAGGCAGUCGUUCAUGUCUACUCGAGAGAGCGUGGAAACCAGGAAGCUCUCAUCUCCUUUCCAGAGCGAAUACAUAGCUUGACUUUGAUAGGAGACACCGUCCUGGCUCUUGGAACGGCAGAGGGACGGGUCAUAUUGUGGGAGGUCUGCACAGGUAGACAAGUCUCGACUCCUGCCGCGCAUUUCCAAUCGGUCUCGACUCUUGCUGCAACACAAUCCCAUCUGCUGAGCGGCUCCGAAGACUCCAACAUCCAUGUCUGGUCCCUGCCGCAGCUCUUAUCCUUAUCGUCCAAAGAAACGUCCGAGCCCCUUCGCAGCCUAUCCAACCACCGUGCGGCCAUAACGAAUCUGGCUCUGGGCCACAGCGCAAGUACGACAAACAUCUGUGUUUCAGCAAGUCGGGACAACACGGUUGUUGUUUGGAAUUACCUCUCGGGAGAUCUGCUUCGGACAUUUCUCCUCCCUUCAACGCCUCUUUGCUUGGCUGUAGAUCCGUGCGAUCGGGCGGUGUAUGUUGGCUUCGAAGAUGGAUCUGUACAAUUGAUCGAGUUCCUUCAAUCCAAUUCCGCGAAUCACCCUCUCUACGAUCCAAAGCUCCAGAAUACACCAAUGCAAAGCACUUUGGUUCCUUGGACGGCUCCAAGCGACGUUGGCUCAACACUCUGUAUCGGGCUCAGCUACGAUGGGACAUGCUUGAUAUCUGGACAUGCUUCCGGCAAGAUUGCUUUUUGGGACACUGGCCGAAGAUUGUUUUCUGCGGAGAUUGCUGAUCUAAACGCUCCUGUCACUAAUCUCCUGAUGCAGUCUCUCCUUCCCAAGAAAUUGUCAACAAAGGCUGCAACAGUGGUCAAGCCGAGACUUGGUGAAGGUAAUUAUAUCUUCACCGCCCAAUUGACCGGUUCAUUGGGUGUGAGUAAAUUUGAUCAUGCCGUGAGUACUCCUGGAUUUCCAGCAGAGAUGCUUGAAGAUGCGAUAUUAAGGUUCUCCCAAUUCUCCCAACCCGCGGCUGCAUCUUCAAGCGGACAUGAACAGCUUCGCAAGGAGAACGAGGAUCUAUGGAAGAUUAUAAACGACCAGCGAGAGCUUCAGAAGAAGACUUGGGAAAAGUAUACCAAGCUUAAAGCCAAGGAAGCUUAAUUGCAGGUUCGUGUUUCAGGUUGCGCUUCAUCCAGACUCGUUGGUGUUCCAAAUGCAUUUCCAGCCGCAUUCAACCUCCACGCUCUAGAGUAUG